AUGCAGCAGUAUAUACGAUAUACCAGAAAUCUGUUCCUGAGAGGCGUCUCUGUCAUCUACCUGCAAGCAUUCGUUGCACUCUACGUGCAAAAUUCCGGUCUGUUUGGAGAAAAUGGAGUAUUACCAGCCAAAAAUACAUUGAUUAAUGACAGUCCUAAAAUAUUUGAUAAAUUCAAUUUUAAACCUACAUUAUUAUGGUUUUCAUCAGAAAUUGGUUUGAAUGCUGAAUAUAUGUUUGAUGUAAUAUGUUUGUUUGGAGUAUUUUUUGCAUUCCUUGGAUUUUUGACACAAAAAGUUUGCAACAAAUUUUUAUUUUUCUCUCUGUGGAUCUCAUAUUUAUCAUUGUACAAUGUUGGUCAAAUAUUUUUGUCAGACUUAGCGGAUGAGCUUCUACUAGAAGUGGGAUUAUUAUGCAUAUUGAUUGCACCAUUACCUUUUCAAAAAUUAAGGACUCCUUCAAAGAAACGCAAUUUACGUCUACAAACUUCGCUUGCAUCAUUACCUCAUGAUUCAAUUCCUUUUUGGCUAGUAAGAUGGUUGCUCUUUAGGGUAGCUUUUUCAGCUGGUGUUGCCAAAAUGAGUUCUAAGUCAUCAAUCUGGUAUGAUUUGACAGCUUUAUCCAAAUAUUUUGAAAGCAUGCCUCUACCAAAUGCUAUUUCCUGGUAUGCUCACUAUUUUCCACUUUGGUUUUUGAAAACUAUUACAGUAUUUGCAGAAAUUAAUGAUUUAUUUGUCCCAUUGAUGUUCUUGGUACCCAUUCGGUCAGUUAAAAAGUUGGCAUUUUAUAUUCAGGUAUUCAUGCAAGUUGGAAUUUUGGCAUCAGGAAAUUAUAGCUAUUACAAUCUUUUAUACAUAGUUUUAUGUUUAUCAUUGUUAGAUGACCAUACAUUUUAUAGAGAACUAGCUCUGGCUAGAACUCGCCAAUGGUGUUCUACUGUGUUCACAAGACUUAUGACGAUCAAUGUUAUUACCGUACUUAUAGCUGUUUUUCCCAUGUUGUAUAAUUUCCGCAUUUCCCCAGCAAAUACACCAGAUUUUACAAUAGCAUUUACACAUCAACAAUUUAAUGUCAUAUUAGGCAAAAGUUUGCCCUUUAUUGCCUAUUUUGCAUUAGGUUCAUUUGUUUUUGAAUGUUUAAAGGCACUUUAUUCAUCGCUGCCUUUAAAGAGUAAAACUGAUGGUUCCUUUUCAGCUUUAAUAACAUCAACAUUAUAUGUAUCCAUUUGUUUGGGUAUAUUCUCAUUAAGUUCGGUCAAUUUUUCUGCUCUUCAUCAAAGUGUUAAUAAUACUGUUCCAAAGGACUUAAAACUAUUUUACAAUAAAUUAGCUCCUUAUAAAAUUAGUAAUUCUUAUUUACCGCCUAAAGAAUUCAUCAAUCUUGAAAACCGUAAAGAAAUUGUAAUACAAGGCGCUAGUGAUAUUAAAGGACCAUGGUAUGAAUAUCAAUUCUUAUACAAACCUGGAAAUGUAAAUGUUACACCACCGAUUAUUGCUCCUUACAAGCCUUUACUUGAUCGCCAACUGUUUUUUGCUGCUCACUCUUUACCAGCUCAAAAUCCUUGGCUUAUGAGUGUUUUGUAUCGUCUGCUAAAUAAUCAGAAAGAAGUACUCGCAUUAUUAAACACCAAUCAAAUACCAUUUGGGAAAAAUCCACCCAAGUUUGUUAAAGUAUCCCUGUACAAAUAUCAGUUUUCAUCAAAAUUACAACGGGAAAGAGGAGUUUGGUGGAAUCGGCAAAUACUUAAUUCUGAAUUCAUAGCUCCAAUGGAUAAAAAUAAUCAAGUAUUAUUGGAUACAUUGAAGUCUCAUAAAAUUUUACUGAGUAAUAGAACUCCUUUACCUGUGAACCCAGCUUUUAAACAAAUAUUGGACCAAAUUAGAUCAAUUCUCCUGGCAGUCGAUCCACGAAUAUUAAUAUUUGGAUUUUUAAUGGCUGGUUUUGUAUUGAUAUUAUUACCCGUCGGCUCCAAUGUUUCUUCUAUUUAA